GUCUCUGGUCUGGGCUGUGUUAACUCGCUCCUCUGUGGAUGCUGUGAAGUUGGAGGACAGCUGAGAGCUGCUAGCUGUCGACCUGGAACUUUUAUCAGGAGACUUUUGGAAACUUUUUGCAUGGAGCAGUCUUGAUCUUGAACUAUUUGUUGCACUGAUUAACUUAUCAUACCAAAGGCUGGAGAUCUGAUCCUGGUCAAUGUAUAUUGCACUUACCUCAGCCCCACCAGAAAUGAAUGCCAACAGUAUGCCUAAACAAGUGGAGGUGAGGAUGCACGAGAGUCACCUGGAGCCCAUUGAGGCCAGGCCUCAGUCCAAAUGUGCCAAAAUCUGCUCCAAGAUGUUCAAGAACCUUCUGCUCACACUCACCGUCCUCGGUGUGAUCUUGGGAGCUGUAGCAGGGAUGUUGCUCCGCGUUGCUUCCCCCAUCCACCCAGAUAUUGUCAUGGUGAUUGCUUUUCCUGGAGACAUCCUUAUGAGGAUGCUAAAGAUGUUGAUCCUGCCACUCAUCAUCUCCAGUUUAAUCACAGGUCUUGCCGGUUUGGACGCCAAAUCCUCUGGUCGCCUUGGAACCAGAGCUAUGGUCUACUACAUGUCCACCACUAUUAUUGCUGCUAUCCUGGGAGUCAUCCUGGUGCUAGUCAUCCACCCUGGCAACCCCAAAUUAAAGGAGGGCCUUGGAGAGGGAGAGAAAAAUGAUGAUGUGUCCAGCUUGGAUGCCUUCUUUGAUCUGAUCAGGAACUUAUUCCCGGAGAACCUGGUGCAGGCUUGUUUCCAACAGAUCCAGACAGUCACUAAGAAGGUGGAGGUGGUUAUUGAGGAGGAGGUCAAUGUCACCACUGUGGAGGGUCUGGUGGCUAACAUCACCAAGGAGCCCCAGUUUGUGAUCAAGAAGUCCCUGCAGUUCAAAAGUGGCAUGAAUGUCCUGGGUCUGAUUGGUUUCUUUAUUGCAUUUGGCAUCUGCAUGGGCAAGAUGGGAGAGAAGGCCAGACUCAUGAUUGAUUUCUUCAACAUCCUCAAUGAGAUUGUGAUGAAACUUGUCAUCAUGAUCAUGUGGUACUCUCCCUUCGGUAUCGCCUGUCUCAUCUGUGGUAAGAUCAUCUCCAUCAAAGACCUGGAGGUGGUGGCCAGGCAGCUGGGCAUGUACAUGAUCACUGUGAUUAUCGGUCUCAUCAUCCACGGAGCAAUCUUCCUGCCCAGCAUCUACUUUGUAAUCACCAGGAAAAACCCCUUCACCUUCUUCUUGGGCAUCUUCCAGGCAUGGAUCACAGCUCUGGGGACAGCCUCCAGUGCUGGUACACUGCCUGUCACCUUCCGUUGUCUGGAGGAGAACCUUGGGAUUGACAAGAGAGUCACUCGUUUUGUGCUCCCAGUUGGAGCCACCAUCAACAUGGACGGUACUGCCUUGUAUGAGGCUGUCGCUGCCAUCUUCAUCGCCCAGAUGAACGGCAUCAGCCUGGACCCAGGCCAGAUUGUCACUGUCAGUCUGACUGCCACCUUGGCCAGUGUUGGGGCUGCUAGUAUUCCCAGUGCCGGUUUGGUGACUAUGCUCUUGAUCCUGACUGCUGUGGGCCUGCCAACCCAGGACAUCAGUCUGCUGGUUGCUGUUGACUGGCUACUGGAUCGAUUCAGGACCUCAGUGAACGUGGUGGGUGACUCCUACGGUGCAGGCAUCGUGUACCACAUGUCCAAGGCAGAACUCGAAGAGCUGGACGCGCACGCGGCCAAAUCAGACGACAUCGAAAUGAUGACAAAGACCCAGUCCUAUUAUGACGACAUGAAGAACCACCAUGAAAACAAUUCCAACCAGUGCGUCUUAAAUGAUACCGCUACCACAACUGCUUCUGCCACUGCUAACAAUUCUGUCGUAGUAGAUGAAUGCAAGGUAACCUCAGCCACAAACGGCUCUGCUGCGGAGUGCACGCUUGUUGAGGAGGAACCAUGGAAACAUGAAUAAUGGCAGCACAGAGAUCCCCCUGCUCCUGGGCUCCACAAGCUUUCCUACCUGGUGAUAAAAAACAAGUGAAUGAGAAAAAAAUCACACGAACAGAACUACUAAUUGUUUUUUAUGUAGUUUAGUUUUCUUUCUUUCUUUUUUUUUUUUUAAUUAGUCCCUUUAAAGAGUUUUUGUAACUGUCUAUCUGACUGAUAUGUAAUACUAAUUCACCUAACCGUGAAGUAAUAACAGAGGUUUACCUGUUAGAGCACAAUAUGUCCUAUAUUAUACUACAGCAGAUACUUGCACAACAUACUUCAAGGCUCGGGGAGGGAAGGAAGAGAAAAACGAGUUAGAUGAGAUGUUUUUUUUUGCAAUACUGUUAGAAGAUGAAACAGAAGUGGCUGUGUGACAUGGGAUGCACUGAGAUCAUCUUCCAAUAUUUCAUGCAGGUGAUUCAUUAGUCUAAUGCCAGAAGAAGAGUAGGAGUUAGGACAUCAAUCACGUCAGCAAACAUUGCUUACUUCCUGCUUACAUCCCUGUUAGUAACAUCCCAAUGUGUUAAAAAAAGCCACUUUUUCCUUCCCAGCUCAGCCUCUCAUCUCUUUUGAGUCUAAUAAGACCCUGAGGUCCAGCAAACUGAAGAAAGCACAGCCAUCGCUGAAUCAAAAAGCACAAUUCAAACCAUGGAGUUCAUUUUUACCCCCCCUGUUUUAUUUUCCAUAUUGUGUCAACCUUAAAGAAGAAGGGACUUUUUUCUUUGUGUCACCUGUUGAGAGAGAUAAGUGUGUGUUAAUGUGUGUGAGAGAGUGUGUUAGAGAGCUGGAGUUAAGAACAUGACCAAGUUGAUGAUAGGGACCAAACAGGCAGAAAAUCAAUCAGCGCACAGAGGCUGCCUCGGUGUUUUCACUAAGCACAUUUUUCUACAUUGACUUCCAUCUCUUUUAUUGGAUUUUACACCAGCAUUUUCCAAAACUUAAAUCAAAGAAAGACACUGCCCUAAAUAUGAAACUUCAUUCAGUUCUUUUCCUUUUUGAUGCCAAUGAAAUUAGAAUUAAAUUAGCCCAAAAAAGACUGAUGAAUAAUUGACAUACGUGAAUAAAUUGAAGCACAAAAAGAGUUUAUAUGGAGCACAUCACUGAAACAAUGCUCUUAUCAACACUGAUUUUACUCAAAACUGGUUUUAUAACCACAUUAUGUGACAGUAAAAGACACUCAGGCUUGUAUGUUUACUUUUUAAAUAAAUGAUAGAAGUGUUUCCAGCCAUGACAUGUUUACUUGCUCAGUAGAGCUUCAGAAAUGGCCUCCUAAUAGCACAAUAAUGGGGACAGUUUACUGCAAAAGUCCCCUGUUUAAGAAGAUCAGUUAUAUAAUACAAUAAUAUGCUGGGAGUGGAGGUUUCUUUACACGUACAUGAAGCACACACGUCUACUUAAGACAACAUUCCAGUGCUACUAUCUAAAAAAGCACAGUUAUUUCUGACAAGGUGAACCACAAGAAAAAUGUUAAAGGGAAAUAGAAGAAGAAGAAGAUGGAUUCUCGGCAUGCACAAACCCAGACAGAUCACUCAGCAGAGAAGCAUGCCAGCUUCUUGUUUAGAUGAAGGAAACAAUAUAUUUUAGCCACCAGAGCUCAAGACUGUUUCUACAAACCCUAGAUGCUGCAGCUUUGUGUCCAUAUUGGUUGGAAGCAAUGGACACUUCACAUGCCAGAAUGUUUCCACCUAUCAGGUAAAGAUAUAAUCAGUGUUCUCCUCUCAUAGGACCAAACUGCUUUAAAAAGGGAUCUGCAGACACUACAAAGCCGGACUCCUGGCUGUUAAUCUUUUUUAGCUUGUGUGAGUGAGAGCGAUGUGGGUGCUGAUUUGAUUUGUCAGUAUUGUGACUUUCUCUUCUGUCUUUUCAUUUGUGCUCAACCUUUGCCUUGGAGAUGUUCGCUUCAAAACAAAUGCCAAUUAAAGUAACACUAGGAGACUAAACCAAACACGUAGUGCAGCACUCUGUCCUUUUAGAUCCUGAAACACACAUCAUUUCACUUUUUUGAUACAGCAUACACACGCUGCACAAACUGAAAUGCACAAAAACAAGCAUGCACACAGUCACAGACACGCACAUGCAUAUGUUUUAUUUUCAAAUAUACACUAUGAAAAAAUGAAGGUCGCUGCAAGCUGCAGAGCACAGCACUGACACCCUUGAGUCUGACCUUUUGACCUUCAGGAAAUAAAUAUAUAUAUAUAUAUAUACAUAUAUAAAGAAAAGAGAAAAUGCACCAUUCUGUCAUUGAUGGGGAUUGAGUGUUGGACCACUAUUAUGUUCAAACUCACAGUUUUAGCAGCAUGAAUAAAAAUAAAAGUAUAAUUAUUUUUUUGCACCACUAUCUUAAAAGCAUGAUAUUUUGAAGUGCCUCCUUGCACUUUGUGUAUAUAUUGUAGGUAACAGAUGUUCUUUUUUUGUUUGUUUGUCCCCUUUUUUUCUUUUGGGGGGGCGUUGAAAUGGUAUGUAGGGUUAUAGGUUCCUUGCUGUGACAUUUUUAAUGUAAUCCUAUAGAAGAAAAAUAUCAUCUAUGUCCUGAAUAAAGUUAGAUUAGAUGGAAAAUGUAUAGAAAGGAAAUUGUGUAAUAAAAAUGCUUGUUUUUUUAUUCUCUACUAGCUGUUAACUAGUUGUUUUACUUACCUGUCACACACCAAUAUAUACAUAUCUUUUUUUUAAUCUAAUGUAAGCGUUCUGAAUGUUUGUUCCAUGGAGAUAUAAGCAGUGUGCAUUCAUUUUCAUUGUACAUAAAAUAAAUAUAUAAAUGUUCUGUUCAGUGGCGAUGCAGAUGUUUUCCUGGAAAUGACAGGCGCUGUUUCCUGAAGCAGACGCUGUUUGCAUGAAGAAGAGAAGGAAAGAGAGCAAGAAAGAAAGAGGGAAAGGGAAAUAAAAGGGAAGUUUCUGGUUUGAUAAAGGGGGCCAACAUGGGUUAUUCUGGUGUUAAAUGUAGCUCAAAAGAGAGGCUAAUAAAGGAAAAAGGUCAUAUAUGCCCUGUACGUAGGAUAGUGAGGAAUCAAACAUGGCCUAGUAGAGAGAAAGAUGCCUGUGACAGAAUAGAAAUAUUCCUCAGGUGACUCAUCUGAACCAUUUUGUCUUUUCAAAAGCAGAAAUUUAGUCUCAGGCCUCAUUGUUCACCUGGUGCAUGUGCAUUUAAAGUUGCAACACAUCUGGAUCGAAGAUUUCAUGCCACACUUCUCAUCCAUAUCAUGGUGUUUUUUUUAAUAAUCCCGCUCAGUAAACUGCCUUUACUCUACUUGCCUUUUAUUGCUUUCUACACAGAAACUUUAUGCACAACACCUGGAGUUAGCUGAGCUAAAUGGUUCUGAUAAAAUGUGGAAAUGAUCGACACAGUGUUACAACAAAGAGCCAGUAUAUCUUUGUCCUUUUCUACUGAAAUGUGUCUUUUUGAAGAAACCUCCUUAACAGAGCUGAUAACCUGUCUUACUUCUGCCUACGACGUGCUUUCCUGAUCUUACUUUUCUAGGCCUUCCCUCUUUGUAAAGCUGUUGUAAUUUUGAUGUAAAGGCAGAGCGUAUGUGUGUGGGAGAUACACUAUCAACAAAAUAAAAAGACAAAAAAAUACAUGAAUUCUUUCCUCGGUCUAUGGUAUACAUAAAAAUAAAUCUGUUUCUACAUAUCAAUGAGUGUUGUACC